AUGCCAGGUGCUGUGAGCCCCGUAUUGAUAUUGUUACAAAGCCUGCUCACGUUGGCAACAGUAGACCUUGACCCCACAACCGACUUCAUAGCAGGCGCGAUAUCAGGCAUUGCCGGCCUUCUCAUUGCUCAUCCGUUUGACACAGUCAAAGUCCGCCUACAAAACCCCGAUCUAUCCUCGAGAUACCAUUCAGUGUCGCAUGCGUUCGCGACCAUCAUUAAAGAGGAGCGCUUCAGUGGCUUAUACAAGGGCAUUGCUUCACCUCUGGCAACUUACGCAUUUAUGAACGGUCUCGUAUUCGCAACCUACAAAUUUUUCCUCAAGGCGCAAAUGGUGGACGAUUCGAUUCCCUCGCUCACCCAAGUUGCGAUUGCUGGCAGCUGCUGUGGCGUCGCCAUGUCACUUUUUUCUUCACCUAUCGAACUUAUUAAAAUCAGACAGCAAAACAUCUUGGAGAGCGGACUAGGAAGUGUCUCAGCAAGCAAAAUUAUCUACACUAUUCAUCGGGAACACGGAUUGAAGGGCUUAUUUCGUGGUCUUACCGCUACAGCCCUUCGUGAUUUUGGUUAUGGUGCAUACUUCUUUGGGUAUGAGGUUACAAGUCGAUACCUCACUGCUUCCUCUUCCGGGCUUAAUGGUUCUACUUUGCUGCCAGACUCAAGUCAAGGAUCCCCACCCCUUUGGGUGCUGUUUGUCAGUGGAGGGGUAGCAGGCGUCCUUGGCUGGCUUCCGACAUUCCCGAUGGACGUUGUCAAAACGCGCAUGCAGAGUACUGAGACUGCAGAGGCGCGAAGCAUAAUGCGGUCGGAAGUGACAACAGGCGAUAACCCAUAUCGCACAACGAUAUCAACGAUCCAGCAUUCAUAUCGCACAGGUGGUGUUGGAGUCUUCUAUCACGGGCUGAGCCCGGCCAUGCUGCGAGCGAUUCCGGUCAACAUGGCUACAUUUGUGGUAUACGAAAUUGUUGCAGGCAUACUCUCGCCGUGA